UAUAAAAGUGUAGCUUCACCGAGAAACAUCUAUGGAGACGGGAGCAGUAUCAGUGCUCGAAUUGUAUGCAUAGUUAGAUCGAAAAACCUGCCACGCGUGUGAAAAUAUAUAGAAAUUCCUAAAGCGAAUUACUUGAUUCUACAAGCAGAAUCAACGGUCAUUGCAGUAGUGCUAUUCACUCAAGGUAAGGGCCAGUCCCAACUGCCAAGAAUUCGAAUAGCCCAACCAAAGGGCCCCUCGCUCAGCGCCCACCUAAGAUGAACAGAUCGUACAAGAAAAAAGAUUUAGGGAAACAGAAAGAGGCAGAAACGGAGGCAGCUGCCGCCAUCCAAUCGUUGGAUGAGGUCUCGACUCAGGAAUAUUUCGCACACGGAUCCGCAGGCGAUGCCACACAGAACACAUCACAUAAACAAAAAUCAUACCAGUUUGACAGAAAAGACAGCACACACCUUGAUGUGUUCACAGUGGGGCCCGGUGGUGAUGACCCCCUUUGUGCCUCACCAAAGCAGCAAUACACAGUUGGGUCAAUCCCCACAGCCCCGCUGAAGGGAAUCCUCGCUAGGAGUGGCACAUGGAAAACUCAGCCACUGCCAAAGAUUGAAAAUUACUUGCAGUAUUCGAUGCCACUGAAGCAGCAGAUAGAUUCCGUUGUAGGGCAGGAACCGACCUGUUUGCAGAAGCCCAAGGCCAAUACAUCAGCUUUAAGCAAAUCUCAAGACCCUGAAGGCGAAGGAUCGCUCGUCUUGGCCACUUCCAAUGACUCGUCACCAUCGAAGAAGAUUGCAGAGGCUGGUCCACAGCCCAAAGCCGCCGUUUCGUGUUUCUCCGCGACUUCUUCGCCAUUGAAGCAGUCUCCUGAAUCCACACCGAAUCAGAUUGCUGAUGGCAGUCCCAAGAAGUCUCCAGAUGCCUCCAAUACAUCAGCUUUAAGCAAAUCUCAAGACGCUGAAGGCGAAGGAUCGCUCGUCUUGGCCAAUUCCAAUGACUCGUCACCAUCGAAGAAGAUUGCAGAGGCUGGUCCACAGCCCAAAGCCGCCGUUUCGUGUUUCUCCGCGACUUCUUCCCCAUUGAAGCAGUCUCCUGAAGUCGCUACAGAGUCCACAAAUGCCGCCAAAACAUGCAUUUUUGACAAAUCUCAAGGCUCCGUUGAGCAAGGAUCGUCCGUUUUGAACUCCUCACAGAAGAAGAUUUAUCCCCUCUCAUCAGUUUUAUCAAGACCCGGAGGCUCUGAGCGCAAGUCUUCGCCGAAGACGACUCCAUCGAAGGAAAAUGAUUCACCUACAGAAGAUUGCAUGAAGACAUGUGUAGUACCCGGAUGUCCUACGCCAAAGAGACCUCAGUCUCAGUUGAUCCCAAGUAUCCCUUUGAAGCGGGGUCCCGUCGAAGUGGUCAAGCCCCCAGUGCGUCGCGUUGCCGUGGAUAGGCCACGCCUGUCGCCGCAGGAUGGUUGGAAUGUUCAUGUCAAGUCUUCGAAGAAGCGAAACAACGGAGGCAAGGAUGCGCAAAAGAUGAAAUCUUCUGCCCAAAAGAAUCCCGCAAAAGGCGCAGGCCAGCCAGCAAACUUGAUCCAGAAUUGUAUCAAAACUGCGCCAGAGGCAACCCCGGAGAAGCGUCCCAUUGUCGCGGAGGCCCUAACGGCAGCCCCCAAGCAGCCCAAUCAAAUGAUUCGCAGUGAGGAAAAAAAAUAUUCGCCACCUCUGGCACAUAUUGUGCCCCGAACUUCUGGCACUGAUGCCGCCGCGUGUCCUGGAACAUCCGAGAACAAGAAGUCCAUUGACAGUAAGGAAGGAUCCCCCUCGAAGAGGCCCUCUCGAUUACCAAUGGAAUAUCCAUCCAAGAAGACAGCCGCGGAUGAGCCACAGUGCCCCAAAGGUCCCGCCGCGAGGGAUGUUCGCCUGUGUCCCAAGCGGAGAUCGAUUCUGGUGGCGUGCCCCACAUGUGUACCCCCCAGGAAGGCCAAAUCCAAAGACAAGCGCUCAAGGAAGGCUCUGUCCAAGAAGUUGGAUCCGAUGAAGUCGCCCUUGCUGAAGCGCAGCCAAACUUCAGUUUCACUUCUUUCCCAGAAUGAAGCUGCUGGUGACAGCUCUGGCGAGGAGAGGAACGUGCAGAACGAGGACGAGGAGAAGGAGGACGAGGACGAGUCGGUGACACAACAUCCGUUGAACAACGAAUGGACCAUGUGGUAUGUGCAGCCCCAUCGCAACAAGACCUGGGAGGAGACACUCCACCGGAUAACAAGCUUCAAAACCGUCGAAACCUUCUGGAGUCUCUACUAUCACAUCAAGCGGCCAUCGGAGAUCAACAUUGGCUGCGACUAUUGCAUGUUCAAGACCAGCAUUCGCCCCAUGUGGGAGGACGCGGCGAAUGUCAAGGGUGGCUGCUGGAUCGCCAGCUUCCCCAAGAGCGCCACCACGGAGCUCAACUUCUACUGGGAGUACUCGCUGCUCUCACUGAUUGGCGAGUUAUAUGAUCACAGCCCCGAUUUGUGCGGCGCUGUGGUCAACAUUCGCCAGAACACCGACAAGAUCGCCUUGUGGACCUCUGACGGAACCAAUGAGGAAGGCAUCCUUGAGAUUGGACGCCAACUGCGCUACGGUCUGCCCACUGUUGACGGCUAUGUGCUGCAAUAUCUGCUGAACAGUGACAGGAUGGCCCAGCAGGGCUCUAACGUCAAAGCUAUUUACACUUUAUAAACAAUGUCCCCCGAGCCGCUGGGGGAAAGCGGGAUCAGCAGCAGCAAUCACCGCCUGCAUGCACUCUCCCUGCAUUUCCAUCAGUUAAUUGUUUCAUGAAAUAUUCAAACACAAAUCCCACAAAAUCCAAAUUUUAAGUACGAAACGUUCCUCAUCCGCUCACAUUUCGGAAGCUUCGCGCAUGAGAUUAUGAAAAUAUGUCAAAUCCAAGUCAAAAUUGUAAUCAUUUGUCAAAUUUUAUCAGUCUGCGGCCAUUUGUAGAACAAAAUUUUUGUUUUGAGCUUUAAUGUUAACUAGUGUUUACAUGUUUUAAAUGAUUUCCAACUCUU